AUGAUGACCGGAGGCUUAUCUGAGACCAAGCCUGCUACACCAGAAGUCCAGUGUAUUGUUAACGAGGUGAAGCCACAAUUUGAAAGCAGGCAAAACAGGACGUAUGACAUGUUUAAGGCCAUAGUAUAUAGGACUCAGAUCGUUGCUGGGGUGAACUACUUUAUUAAGGUCCAGGAUUCUGAUCAUGACUAUGUCCACUUAAGGGUCUUUAAGAGCCUUCCUCAGGAGAACCAAGGUCCCAGCCUUGUCAGUUUUCAGACUGGCAAAACCAGAGAUGAUCCUCUGACCUACUUCUGA